GAGAGUGUGUAGGUGUGUAGUAAGGAAGAAUAUAAAGCAGGGGCAAGCGUCUGAACCCUUGCAGUCAGCUGUGAAACUUAUAGAUGCAGAUCAUGAAGAUCCAUAUAGUUGGCGUAGCAUUGACCAUUGCCCUUCUAACAGGGUGUGACGCACAACUAAAUGUGUGUGGCACGGCACCUCUCAACUCUAGGAUAGUGGGAGGACAGAAUGCACCAGUCGGCGCUUGGCCAUGGCAGGUCAGUCUUCAAAAAGGUGGCAGCCAUUUCUGUGGUGGAUCUCUCAUUAACAACCAAUGGAUUCUGACUGCAGCACAUUGCUUUCCCAGCAUUUCAACGUCUGGCCUACUUGUAUAUUUGGGCCUACAAACACUAGCCUCAAUGGAUUCAUUCUCGAUAUCCAGUGCUGUCUCUAAUAUCAUAAAACAUCCAAACUACAAUAGUAAUACUGAAGACAAUGACAUCACUCUUCUGCAACUGUCCUCACCGGUGAGUUUUACGAACUACAUCAGACCUGUCUGUCUGGCUGCAUCAGGCAGUACUUUCUACAACGGCACUUUGACCUGGGUCACUGGAUGGGGGAACACUGCUUCAGGCGUCAACCUACCUUCUCCUGGGACUCUACAAGAAGUGCAAGUGCCGAUUAUUGGAAACAGGAAGUGUAACUGUCUUUAUGGGGUCUCGUCCAUCACAGACAACAUGGUGUGUGCCGGACUAUUGCAAGGAGGGAAAGACUCCUGUCAGGGCGACUCUGGUGGUCCAAUUGUCAGCAAACAGGGCUCAGUCUGGAUCCAGGCUGGAAUUGUGAGCUUUGGACAAAGCUGUGCGCUACCAAAUUUCCCUGGUGUGUAUACCAGGGUGUCUAAAUAUCAGAGCUGGAUCCAGCAGACUAUCACCAACAACCAGCCAGGCUUUGUAAUGUACAAUUCCACUGGUACUGAUGGUGACCUGAGUGUGAACUGCCCUGGUCUCCCCACCAUCCCCCCCACCACCACCACCACAGCUUCUACAACAAUGCCAACUACAACUGUCGCACCUGUUGUGUGUGGAAGUGCUAAACUGAACUCCGGUGCUGGAGGAAACAGCCUACUUGCAUCUCCAGGCAUGUGGCCCUGGAUCGCCAGUGUUCAGUUUAAUGGCAGUCACGUUUGUGGAGGAGCGCUGAUCGCUGAACAGUUUGUCAUGACCUCUGCCAGCUGCUUUCCUAAUUCCACCAAUGCUACAGGAUGGACUGUUGUCCUGGGCCGACUCAAUCAGAACAGCUCCAACCCCAAUGAGGUCUCCAUCAAAGUUGCAAAUUUCUCAAUGAGCAACAGUUCGGGUAACAACGUUGCCGUCUUGCAGUUGGCGGUUACACCAAACUUCACCAAUUACAUUCAGCCCAUAUGUGUGGACCUGGGAGGCAACAAUGUCGAUGCUAACACUCAAUGCUGGGCAGCAGGAUGGGGAUCAGGAGCAGGAGGAGUGAAUCAAACUCUUCAGCAAUACCAGACCUCUAUUGUGAGCUGUGGAAACUCAUCCUCAAACAACAGUAUUUGUACCAGUGCUUUUGACUUACAACAGGGUGUUCAAGGCGGUCCACUAAUGUGUUUGGUGGGUCAGUCAUGGAUCCAUAUUGCAGUAUUAACCAUAUCGAACAGCAACUCUAACAGCAGCAUCUCUAACAGCACUCUGAACAACAGUACUCUCAAUAACAGCACGAUCAGUAACAGCACCGUCAAUAACAGCACAGGCGCCAAGGGCGCUGACUCGUACUUCACUGUUAAGGCUCAGGGUGUCCAGAUCUUCACUAAAACCUCCAGCUUUUCCACAUUCCUGACAGCUGUGAUCAGUUCCUUCCCUCAAAAAGCUUCAAACACUACAAAUGCAAUUACAAACGCUCCUUCUGCAAGCACCUCAAACUCAACCCAGUCUAGUGGCUCACCAGCAUCUUUUUCCUCCUGCUAUACAGCUUCUAUUUUCUUCUCCUCACUUCUAACUCUUCAACUCUUUCACAAGAGCAUCUUUUGAGAAGAACGGCUCACUUUUAAAGCUAAUGUGAAAUAUCCAGACACAUAAUAAUAUGUUUUUCAGUAUGCCUCAUAUGACUGAUUACAUUGUCAUACAACAUUAAAGGCUUU